AUGGGGGAUGGAUCGGUGAGACGGAGCGGGCUGGUCCACAGGCCGUUGAGGUAUUCAAUUUCUUACAAUUUGUUUUGCUCUAAACGUUGGUCGCAGCGACAUGUUUGGGAGAUGCUCUGCACAUUACAUCGAGGUCUUGUAGGUAUUAAUGUAAUAAGUUUUUGUACUCACGUUGAACUCGUUUGUGCAGGUUGCGGGGUUGAAGUUCGAGCAAGUUCGAGCAUCGGAGUGGGCUUGUCUCCUAAACCUCCAUGGUUGGCGCGGGUUCUUUCUCCAGCACUCUUGGUGGCAGCCAUGGUGUUGGUCAUGUAUAUUACAAAGGUCGACAAGGCGACUACUACGUCAUGGUCAUGGAUAUGCUCGGGCCAAGUCUCCGGGAUGUCUAGAACUCUUCGGGGUCAAGCGCAAGUAUUUAGGGCAGCUCGUUCUGAUUGAGCAGGUAUGCACAUGGAGACGUGAAGCCCGAGAACUUUCUCCUGGGACAACCCAAUACACCUGAAGAGAAGAAGCUUUUUCAUGUACAUCUCGGGCUUGGUGAGUUU